UCCUCCUUCUCGCCCGUUCUCAAACACAUUUCCGUUUUGCCCUUCUGCCAAAAAAGUAGAAUUCCCAUUUUGCCCCUUUCACAGAUUUCGAUUAUGAAGAAUGCAUUUUUUUUGGGGUAGAAAUUCAGAUUUUUCUAGUGCAUUGUGGUGGGCGGGAAUCCCGACGCGGAAAUCCCGUUUUGGAUUUAUGCUUGUAUUUUCAUUAUUUCACUCAUUUGGGGCUGGAAAAUUGCAAAUUGUUACUAAUAUUAAUGGAUAAUUUCGACGAAUAUUCUGAUGAAUUGGCCUUUCGUGCGUGGAUCAUGUUGGGAUCCAUUGGAUCAUCUGACGGCUAGAUUUUCUUCCCACUGUCACAUCCACAGCGAAGCCCGCCUGAGGAACGGUUCCGAUCAUUGGAUAUGGGCCUCAUUGUCUGUCUGAUUGAAUUUUGAUCAACAGUGGGGCCCGCUCGCCAGAAGAUUCUGACCACCAUGGAUGCGCCCCACAAGCAAUACGAUCGAGUACUUGACCAAUUUGCAUAGUUUUGCUUUGUUGGAAAUGCAAUCUGAAUGUUGCCAGUCGUUGGUGGUCAGGUAGCGCUGAUCGGAUUGCUGCAUUGGCAUGGAUCUGGGGAAGAACAAAUAAAAUAAGUAAGGGGAGAUCAGUAGCUGCUUUGUGGUCACGAUUUUCCUAUGCUUUCUACUGAUACAAGGGAGUAAAUCUUGAACGACUCGCAAGAAAUGGCUGCCCAGGGCCGGAAGUCUUGUACCAAUCAACCGUCAAUCAAAUAUAGGCGUGUCCCACUUGAGUUUGCAUCCUUUGAGCUUGCUGAUGUUGGAAAGGAAGAAGAUGCCCGCACACGCUCUGAUUUUCGGCCAGAAUGUAGUAAACAAUCUGCACCGAAGUCUUCUAAAAACAUGCUGAGUACUUCCGAAUUCAUUUCGGCAGUUGGGGGAAUAUGGAACAGUCUUAAUCAGCCUUACGUUAUUUUCCAGUCCAAGCCAAACGUGAAAGAGAAUGAUGUUUGCGAGACUGAGAACGUCGUAUGUUUUUCUGAUGAUGCGAUAAUCAAGGCAUCCAACUGUUACAUUGAAUAUUUUCACGCUGGUUCUAAGUCUUCUAGAUUUUUCCCUUACAAGGUUAACUCAAACUUGGAGCAUCUUAAAGCAAUUCAGAGGAUGUCAGUGCUUGAACCAUGCAGCAGGCAUGAUAGUAAUAUUUCUUCAUUGUGGAGAUAUACGCGUGCUGCAAACUCCGAUGCACAUGUGGAAUUGCGGAGGACAGAUGUGCUGGAAAGUGUAGGGUUUUGUUAUGAUGUGGGAAGGAUAUACGGAUGCAUAUUUGAAAACCCAUUUAAUGGUUUGAAAGAUCUGGUAAAGUUCACCCGGAUUGAUUGCACAAAACCAGCUGAAACCAUUGCUUCAGAAAAUAAAACUCCCCCAGCUGACAUCACCCUUUCUGGAAAUAUGGAUUGUAAAUCUAAUGAUCUUCCCAAUUUAACGAAGUGUAAAGAUUGUCUUGGUGGUGAAAAUGCAGAACCCAUAGAAAACAUGCGGCAACUUGCUAGUUCACUUUCUACAUCGUACUCACCAGGACCCGUUGCAAAUGUGGAAGCUUAUGCCAUUUCAAGGGCUCCAUGUUCGGGUCUUUACUCAGAUUACCAUAUCAAAUGUUUGGCUUCAUCUUAUUCUACAGUUGUUGAAAGUUCAGAAGAAUCAUCUGUCUCUGAGGAUAAAGAUACACGUGGUGAUGGCGAAAGACAAUUCAAGGGGCUUGUCCUUGAGGAUGAUCCUCCAACAGAGCUUAGCUUAUCAAUGCAGAAUAAACCAACUAAUGUUGUUGCCAAGCAAAGACAUGCCAUCGCCGGAGCGUUGGCUGGAACAUUUGUUAGCCUUUGUUUACAUCCCGUAGAUACCGUCAAGACUGUCAUUCAAGCUCGUAGCAUGGAUCAAAACUCCAUUGGUCGAGUAUUCGGAUCAAUUAUAUCUGAAAGAGGUAUAACAGGUCUAUACCGUGGAAUUGCGAGCAAUAUUGCUUCUUCAGCACCAAUUUCUGCGGUUUACACCUUCACAUAUGAAUCAAUUAAGGGAGCGAUGUUGCCUCUCUUGCCAAAGGAGUACCAUUCUUUUGCACAUUGCACAGCAGGAGGAUGUGCAAGUAUUGCUACUUCAUUUAUUUUUACCCCAAGUGAGCGUAUUAAGCAGCAGAUGCAAGUUGGUUCACACUAUCAGAACUGCUGGACUGCUUUGGUUGGAAUCCUUGAAAGGGGUGGUUUGGCUUCACUAUAUGCUGGGUGGGGUGCAGUUCUUUGUAGGAAUAUUCCACACUCUAUUAUCAAGUUCUACACCUAUGAAAGCCUGAAGCAAUGGAUGUUAUCAUCACAACAAUCUAAUGCUCCUAACACGUUACAAACGCUAGUGUGUGGGGGCGUUGCCGCAUCUACUGCAGCAUUGUUUACAACUCCAUUUGAUGUGGUGAAGACAAGAUUACAGACACAGAUUCCAGGAUCGCUCAAACAUUAUGAUGGUGUUCUUCAUGCCCUUCAAGAAAUAGCCAAGCGUGAAGGGCUGAAAGGUCUCUACAGGGGAUUGACUCCGAGGUUGGCUAUGUAUAUGUCACAAGGAGCUAUAUUUUUUGCAUCAUAUGAAUUUUUCAAGAGGGUCUUUUCUUUCGAACUGCCAAAAUUACCUGCACGGAUCAUUGAGGACCGGCAAAAUGUGGAAGAUCACUCUACGUUGUCGAGGCUGCACGGUUUUCGUUCGUAAAGGCGAAUUAUGCGAGUGUUUCCAAAGAUUCUUCGUCUUCUUUGAAAGGGGUAUGAGUUCAAUGAAGUGCGGGAGUCCAAGCUAUUCAUCAGAUUCCGAAAUGUCCCUUGAGAACGAGUGUAUUGGAAAUGGAAGCACAAGCAGCUGAAUAUCAGUUCUUUGAUUCGAACUGGGUCCUUCGAUGGGUCACUUUCAAGUCUGUUUUGAUCGCUAUCAUUUUAGCCUUUCUCCCAGCAAUUUGGGUUUGGCCUUAGAAUGGCUGAUUGGCAAAUGUUUUUGUGGCCGGCUUUUUGCCAGACGCCAACCUUCCUCUUUUACCAGGCUCUUGGAACCGGCCAUGGCAGUCUCUUUUGCAUCUUUGAUCAUCAUCAUCAAAGCCUUGCCCCAUGAAAAAUAGAAACACAUGCACACACAGAGCUCUAUUGCCUUUUUUUUUUCUUUUGCAAUUCCUUGAAUUCAUUUAGUGCUUGGUUUCCCACUGCACGCUUUCUUUCAACAACAUCCCUGAUUGCUUGCUUCUUUUUUUUUUUCCCGAUUCUUUUUUAUGAUCCCACUCUCCCUUGGCCCCUCUUUUAGGGUGAGCUCCAACAGUACCGGUACCACCAUGAGCUUAUGGUGGUACCAGAAAGAUGUGGGUCCUAGUGAUCUAUUCACGGAAUCCAAUCUGUACAUAUGAUACAUCACCUCAGAAAACCUCCAGAGCCAAAAAAUGAGUUCAAUCCAAAUCUCGAAUUGGCCACAGGACAGGGAACAUAUUGAGUGGGAAUGCCCACCAUUGAUUAGGGUGGGAGGCCCAACAUGUUGCUUAUAUAUAACCAAGGCUGUUCAGACCCUUCAUUCAGUCCCGAUAAAGGGUCGCAACAAAACUCAGGCUGUUUAGUGAAAUCAUGUAUGCCCUGUGAAAUUCAGUGGUGGGCAUUACCUCCAAGUUUUUUCUCUUUACUGUGGCCCAAGUUUUGGAUCAGGCUGAGUUUUGGGUCCUAGAGGUUUUCUGAGGUGGCCUAUCUGAUAGACAGGUUGGAUGGUGUGAAUACGUUGCAUGGGCUCAACAUUUGCCUGGUAUCACCUUAAGCUUACGUAGUACCAAUAAUGCCGGAGCACGCCCCUUCUCUUUUAGCAACUUCCAAUUUCCUGGACUGAAAACAGAGUUACUAGAAUGUAUCAUUUCUUCGUCAUUCUCCAUAUUGUGAUUGGUCGGAGCACUGUGUACAUUUUCUUCCAUUUUUUAACUAGUAAUGAUUCAUCCUCUAUAGACUAUAGAUGAUGCAGCAUACAUGCAUGCCAAUCCAGACGGUCGGAAUCAUGGGGCCUUUUGUGGAUUUCAGAACCAUCCUACCCAUCCAAUCAGUGGCAUUCAAAUUGACAUUUAGCAAGCGUCAUAUGGUUAUUAUUGCUUCAUCUUUGAUUUUCAGGAUAUAUGCUCCAUCCACAAGGGGACCCAUAGUUUGACCUGUGUCUCUAUCACAUCUAUGGUGAAUGAGUGGGUCAUUGAGGAAUGGCAAAGAAUGGCCAUAAUUUUAUUUAUUUAUUUUUCCGUCAUCUUUGCUGACUCAGAAGUGAUUGACCUGGAGUGAUUGACCCGGAAUGAUAUUUUGGGAUAAGCGUAUAUGCUUCUGUGGCCGUCUAAAUCCAGCAGCAAGCAUCAUGUGCUUCUGUGGCUCUGAAUGCUGCCACCAUGACAAUCACGUGGAUCUCAUCCUGCUUGUGGCUUGGAGCUCUAUCCAUUCACAUUGAGGGCAGUGCUACCGAUGAAUGUGAUCACAAUCAAGCUCUUUAGGCAAGAACCCCUCAUUUCAAUGGCCUCAGCACAUCCCCGAAAGGCCCACUUCAGCAUAUAGCCGUUGAUGCUGUCUUGCAAAUCUGGCAAUGUGAAUUCCCCACUUUAUCCUUCGACUUGUAACAAUUUUUAUCAAUCAUGCUAGGGCAUAAAUGUCGUUCUUUGCUUGAGAUUAUUUUCCUAACAUUGGCAGCUAAUUACGAGUUACACUUUGCUGUGAUCCUCUGAGUUGCAACGUUGCAGACAGGAGCAAUAUCCAAGCCAUUCAUCAGGUGGGUCCCACUGGGAAGAUGUUCUCAUCCAAAAAUCAGGUUGGUCCACCUAGUAGGUUGGUCACGAUGUCAGAAACAUUUGGAGGCUUAAAGAAUUUCGGCCAAUUUUUGUUCAGCCGUGUAUUUUAUUUGUGGACCGUGGGCCACCUGUUUUAGUGCAUGGAGCGGAUUCUUCAGCUAGUGCAUCUACAUAGUGAUAAACCUCUGGUGGAUGGAUUUGAUUUGGUAUGGGUCUGCCAUGCUGGCACAUGUUGUGUAGGGUAGGGAGUGUUGAUUUAUUAAGGACAUUUUCUGGGCCUUUCUCA